AAAAAAUUAAGUCUUGUUUCUUUCAAAAGCCCCUCCUCCAACUCAGAGCCCCCAAAGCUGCCAGAAUAGCCUAGAAAGUGCAUCCCACUCCCAGCUCGACUUCCAAAAAAACAGCUGGACACCGCAAGGUUGCCCUCUUGGCAAGACCAUCAUCCAACAGCUGAUCCGGUGGACAUGCGCAGUGGCUCCUCCAAUGGAGCAGCAAAGGCGCAGGCAGGGCAGGGCAGGGCAGGGCAGGGCAGGGCACGGCACACACAGAGGCUCCGACAGCGAGAACAUAUCGAUUUUGUAGUUUCCCAGUUGUUGCAACAAUUGCGAGUGGCAGCUAUUAGCUGGACAACAGACAGAGCCCUCCAGCCAAACCCAAAUGGAUGGAGUGAUUAGCUAGCAGCACCGCCAAAGAUAAUACCCCUAAAAAGAUAUAUAUAGAGACAGCAGCUCCGCUGAAGCUCCAGCAAAGCUCCACUUCAUGUGCACCACCGCACACCAUGGGCGGGGAUGCGAGCACAGCAAUCAGUAGGUAAUUGAGGCCACUUCAGAGAGACGACAGCCAAGCAACAGCCGCUCCAAAGACCCAGAGAUAGAGUCCAAGGAGUCUACCAAUCCCCCAGAGAGUGAGCAGUUGAGAGAGAGAGCGUGGGAAGCCCCAGACGAAGGGACAGGUGUGUGUUGCUAGCAUGGAGAUACCCAUUUCGAAUAUACUGCUGCUCUGCCUGAUCUUCCUGCUGAUCGGCGGGGUGGUAAUGAUCCUGCUGCAGUACCUCAUCUUUAUCAAGUUCUCCAAUCUGCCCGAUGAGAGCGAAGAGCAGAAGCAAAUGAAUGCCAAGUACACGCUGCCCAUGAACAUCAAACAGACAGCUCGCAAUCUUAAGGGCUUACCAAACUCCGCCCAGGCAUCACCUUUGGCUUCGGGCUCGGGCAACGGCUGCGAGAAUCAUCAGGAUAGCCUUCAGGGCGCCUCGGCUCUCAUUUCCCUUAACUUUGUGAUGCAGUUCCUCUUCCAUGAGUUCAAGAACUCGAACCGUGUCCGCAAAUGGUUCUACCGCAAGCUGUCCAUUGAGCUGGAUGAACUGAUAACCAAGACAACCACCGGCAAGCUUCUCGACAAGCUCACGAUCAAGGAGCUGGAGUUGGGGGAUCAGUUCCCGGACAUCAAGUCCUUGUCGGUGCACAAUGUGGAGUUGGAUGUGGGCGAGCAGCGCAUUGAGAAUCUGGAUCUACUGCUGGACAUAAACUAUGUGGGCAAUUUUUCCACGUCUAUAGAUGCGGAUAUGGUGCUGGGCAAGAAGGGUUCUAUAACGCUGAAAGUGAAGCAACUAUCUGGCACCGCGCGUCUGCAAUUCACCCGAAAACCCUACACCCACUGGUCUCUGAGCUUUCUGGGCGAUCCCGAGCUUAUCCUAGACAUCGAGUCCAAGUACCAGGGUCGCCAGAUGCAAUCGAAUAUCACCAAUCUGAUCUCGAAUCAGAUCCGCAAGGCGGUGAGAAGGAAACACACGCUGCCCAACUAUAAGCUGCGCUACAAACCCUUCUUCCACUGGACCGCCGAGGAGCAGGAGGCCGGCGACUGUGACAUCCAGCCCAAUGGCCUGCUCACCGUUCGCCUUGCCGAGCUGUCCCGCUUGAUGCCAUUUCCUGGUGUUGGUGGCACCUAUUGCACUAUUACUUUGGCCCCCGUGCCCUUCAUUGAGGCCCAGCAGCGGGAUAGCCGUCAUGUGCUCAUCUCGUUGGAUGUGUUCAUCCACAAGGCGAAGAAUCAACAGAUUGGUAUUGUCUUCAAGCAAAGUGGCAGCCAGGUGGUGCGCAUUGAGUCUGUCCUCCCAAAUACUCCAGCCUGCAAGAGUAACCUUCUAGCUGGCGAUGUCCUGGUGGCCAUUGAGGGCAGGCCAGUGACUACCAUUCAGCAGAUUGCCAAGGUGGUGAAGACACUGCAGGCCACGGUCUUUAGUUUGAGGAUCGAGCGUGUCAUUCCGGGGAUCAUACGCAACGAUGCCAUCCUGGAGGAUUUCGAGAAGUACGAUGAUCUGUGCGACCUGCCCGUUAUGCCGCUGCGACCAGAGUCUGAGGCUGAUGCCGCUGAGGUGGUGGUGGCGCCCAAGCACCUGGCCGUGAAGCCAGGUCUAUGUAGCACACCCUCCAACUCGCCCAAGAAGUCCAACCUGAUAGCCAAGGCCAUUAAGAAGACCAUGAGCAGGGAGAGCGGCGACAAGGAGAAGGAUAAGGAUAAGGAUAAAGACAAGGAGCGGGAUAGGGAGAAAGAAAGAGAUAAAGAUAAAGAUAAAGAUAAAGAUAAAGACAAAGAUAAGGACAAGGAUAAGGACAAGGACAAAGACAGGAGCAAGACGGAGGAAUUGGAAAAGCCAAACUCGGCUGAGGAGGUCAACUACUUCUUCCAGCACUCUACCAUAGACUGCGCCUUCAGCCCUCUCAUCCACAUGGACGAUGUGUGCAGCUUCCAGCUGGACUCCAGUAGCCGCUUCCUCAACGUUUGCGUCUUUGGCAAGGCCGCCGGCGAGACCGUCCUGCUGGGCUACAACAAUGUCCAGAUUGGCCAGGUCCUGGUGGAGUGUUCGGAGACCAGCCUGAAUCAGUGCCUCAAGCAGAUAGCCCUCAAUCCGGCCUCGCUCCAGGCAGUGAAAACGCAUACCUUGUCCAAUCAGUCGGGUUUCAAUCCCAAUCUUUGCUUUGGCGACAUCUUGUUUGGUUUCUCCUGGAUGGGCAAUCCCAAUGUCACCCUGGGGGAGGCUGCCACCAAGUCUACUGGCUCCAAGUCCCAUUCACCGGCCAGAAACCCCUUGACAGGCGGCGAUCGGGUGGCCUCUGAGGAUCACUCCUGCGAGACGGCCUCCCUCAAGUCGACGAGCACCUUCUCAGACAGCCUCAUAUCCGGCGGCUCCUCUUCGAGCUCGAGUGCAGCCGUGGCCCCCCGGGCGCACAGCUUUGUGAGAACGCAUUUCCAUCGCGCCACCCAGUGCGAUUUUUGUGGCAAAAAGAUCUGGCUGAAGGACGCCAUGCAGUGCCAGGAGUGCUCCAUGUGCUGCCACAAGAAGUGCAUUGCCAAGUGCCAGAAUGCCACCGUUUGUGGACCAGUGGAUUGCUCGGGGUCCAUGCCGGUUUCAGCGGCUCCAACGACCGUGGUUAGCCGGCCGGAGUUUACCAUCACGCAGGCUGACAAUACGGAGAUGCAGCCGGCGGGCACUGAAGCCCAGCAGGUGGACGAAGCAGGAGGAGGAGGAGGAGGCGGAGCAGCAUCGCUGGGAGGUGAGAGCCCGGCUCCGGCCUCCCUUGAUGUGCACAGAUCCAGCAUCACGGGUAUGCUGGCGCAGGGUAUCAAGCGGCAGGCAAGCAACCUGGAUAUACCCGGCAUUGUGUCCUCACUCACCGGCAGUGGACAGCAGAUGAACUCCAAGAGUCUCCCUCCGAGCCCCCAGCACACGCCCUCGCGAAAAUCAUCAAUUGUGGAGGAAGUGUCGCCUGUUUCACAGCAGAAUCCCUUUGAGCGGGUCACCCAACAUCUGGAAACCCUGCCCACGGAGUGCACUUUGCUCAGCGUGGAGCAGGUUAUCGUUAUCACCGAGCCGAUCAUUCGGCAUACCCGCAACGAGGAUCUGAUGAACUUGGCCAAGAGCUCCAGCAAGCACUUGUAUGCCAGCAUACCGCCUGACGAGAGAGUGGCCAGGAUUAAUGAGCUGCUAACAAAACUGAAGAUAGCCCUGGAUGCAGAAACCGAGGGCUAUACGACAUUGAAUGAGGACUCGACGUCGUGGAAACCGACGACCACCGGCACGGAGAACAGAUCCGAUGAGCGGCUCCAGGCACUCAGCAUCAUCAUGCUGUAUCUGUGCACCGGCCUGCAGCAUGCUCAGGGCGUGAUCCUGCAGUAGAGAAGCGAAAAAGUCAAUGUUUAAGUAUCACAUACAGAAUAUCCACUGGUAGAUCCAGUUUUUUACCUAUACUAGGAGUGAGUCUGCCUUGGGAGACUGUCAAGAUAUUCGAAAUCCACUGAAAUCGUUGCAAGUUUGAAAUUACUAUUUAAAUUAAUUUCAAAAUUCUUGGAAAUUUCUAGGAGUUGUGAGAGGUUAGGGAAAUUUGUUAUAUUUUCAGUUUUGUAGGAUCUUAUCCGGGAUUAUAUUUAAGAUGGACCUUUUGGUGUGCGUGUUCGUGUGUAUUUGGUGUAACUUAAUCGUCGUAUUUUUUACUUACUCAUAAGUGUAGUAGACUGGGAAAUGUGUUAGUGAAUUUAUGGGCAUUUUUAAUCCGUGUUGUGUCACGCUUACCUAAACAAGUAUUUCAAUUUUAGCCAUACGUUCCGAUCAAACUUUACGCUUAUUUGUCAGUUUUGAUGCAAAUUUGUACAUAAUUAUAUAUACAUAUAUACUGUAUUGUAAACCCGAUACCAACAUCAACAAUGAUAUCUAUAGUGUUUAACAAACUUGUUUUUACGAAUUAAAAUUUUAAACCUAA